AUGAUGAUUUACAACAAAGACAACAAAGCUGACAUCCCGAGCUUGGAUCUUUUGACUUUCCUGUUUGAGUCCGAGCAUUGCCCCGCCAAAGAAGACACACCCUUGCACGCCGAAGCAGAUGACCCCUCGAAAGUCAUCACCAAGUCGCAAGCACGAACUCUCACUCGCCAGAUUGCGCAUUUCCUUCGCCACGAGUAUGGUAUCGGUCAAAACGGUCCAGGCAAGGAUGUCGUGGCUGCUGUAUCGACCGGCCAAUUCGCGCUUCCUUGCAUCUUCUACGGUGUCGUUGCCGCUGAAGGUGUUUAUUCAGGCGCCAGUCCUGGAGCCACGGUUGAGGAACUUGUCCGCCAACUCCAGGAUGGACCUGCGAAGAUAGUAGUCUGCAGCGCCAACCUCAAACCUCUUGCAGAGGCAGCCGCAAAAGUUGUCGCUUUGCCGAAACGCAACGUUCUCGUGUUCGAGUCCACGCCUCAGAUCAAGCUCGAAAGCGCCGACGGAAGUGUGCGCUGUGCCUUCGACCGCGAGUUGCAAUGGAGAACCAUCACCAAUCCUGAUGAGCUGGAGCAGAGCUGUAUCUGCAUGCUUUACUCUUCUGGAACCACUGGACUGCCCAAGGGUGUAAUAGUGUCUCAUACAAACAUGGUAGCAGAAGCCUUUCUACCUGCGUACAUCAAUCGACCCAUUUGGAAAGACUGGGCUGCAGAAGGAAAGCCAUUCGAGAUACGCACCCUCGCCCAUCUUCCUACAGCACACGUCUCGGGUGUACAAGGUUACUUCGUCAACGCCUUCUACGAUGGUGGUAUCGUCUACUGGAUGCCGAUUUUUGACUUCGGCGCUUUCUUGAAGUAUAAUGCUCAGCACAAGAUCACGACAUUCUUCACUCUACCGAAGGUCUAUCUGGGACUUGCCAGACAUCCCGCUGUGACUGAUCAGUUGGAGUCGCUUCGUAUCGCCUACUCUGGAGCUACACCAUUGAACAAAGAGGUCUACCAUUGCACGAAGUUUGGAGGCAAGGGAGAGGAGAGGACAUUACUCAGUCAGACUUGGGGAGCAAGCGAGACUACUGGCGCUGUUACUCAUAUGCCACCCAACAGAAGGGAUACUUCCGGCAGUGUGGGAGCUUUGCUUCCAAGCAUGACAAUGCGAUUGGUCGACGAGAACGACAAUGAUGUUCCUCUCGGUCAGCCUGGAGAAGCAUUACUCAAGGGUCCAGUCAUCUCUCAGGGCUACCACAAAAACCCCGAAGCAAACGCUGCAGGCUUCACCAAGGAUGGCUGGUACCGUACAGGGGACGUGAUGCAGUUUGAACAAAAUGGCGAGCUUCUCUAUGUUGUUGGACGCACAAAGGAAAUCAUCAACUACAACGGCCUCAAGAUCGCACCCGCCGAGCUCGAAGCUAUCCUUACCGAACACCCUCUUGUCGCAGAUGUAGCUGUUGCGGGAGUCGCAGCCGACGACACAGAAGUCCCACGCGCCUUCAUCGUCCUCCGCCCAGAAGUCGACCCGACUCCAAAGACUGCGGAGGAUAUCAAAGAGUUUGUCAAACAACGUAUCUCGGAGCACAAGCAGUUGAGUGGUGGGAUUGUGUUUGUGGAAAAAGUGCCUCGGUUACAGUCUGGCAAGGUGUGGAGGGCUGAGUUGGAAAAGUUGGAAGCAAGUUCUUGGAAGGUGUUGUGA